AUGGCUUCCUUGACCGAAACGUCGUUUGUCUCUUUGACGCCUCCACUUAUCGACGAGAAGGCGAACUGUUCCACGGUCACGAUCGAAGAAACUAUGCUGUCAGCCGAAGGCAGCAUCGCAUUGACAGAUGAGAAUGUUGUUCCUACUCCAAAACCGACUGAGCAAAAGAGUGCUUUCACUCCACUCAUUUCCGAACGAGCUGUGGACCAGCCGCGCCCUCUCAAGGUCAUUUACAUCGGCGCGGGCAUCUCCGGAAUUCUUGCCGCUAUCAAAUUCCGUCAAGCCGUGCCUGACUUGGACCUAACAAUUUAUGAAAAGAAUCCUGACCUUGGGGGAACUUGGUAUGAAAACCAAUACCCGGGCUGUGCAUGUGACGUUCCAUCACACUGUUACCAGUUGAGCUUUGAAUCAUGGACGGGCUGGAGCCAUUUCUUCUCCGGCGCAGAGGAGAUCCGAGAGUACUGGAACCGAGUUGCGCACAAGUACGCUGUUCGGGAGCACAUCAAGUUUCAGAGUCGCUGCGUCGGAGCGCGCUGGAAUGACUCGUUGGGAAAGUGGUUUGUGCAGAUAUUUGACGAAACGACCGGAUCAGUAUUUGAAGAUUCCGCCGAUGUCUUCAUGACAGGAACCGGACUAUUGAACGACUGGAAGUGGCCAUCGAUCCCUGGUCUGCACAGUUUUAAGGGCAAGUUGCUCCACAGUGCCUGCUGGGAUAACACUUAUGACAUGGAGGACAAGAACAUCGCUGUUAUUGGUGCUGGUAGCAGUGGUAUCCAGAUUGUGCCCGCUCUCGUUGACAAAGUCAAGGGUAUGGACCACUAUGUCCGCGGCAAGACCUGGAUUUCCAACCAACAUGGCGGAGAGCGUCUGGCAACACGCACAAAUGGCAAAGGCGGCAACUUCGCUUAUAACAACGAGGAGAGGCAGGCCUGGCAGAACGAUCCUACCUCAUACAUUGAGUACCGCAAAGAGCUUGAGUACGAGAUGCAGACGCUAUACCCCAAGUCCCAGAGAGGCAGCAACCUGCAGAACUCUUCUCGAGCUCAGUACCAAGCCGACAUGGAACGGAGAUUGAAAGACAAACCAGAGCUUCUGGAUGAUCUGCUCCCGGACUUUCCUCCACUUUGCAAACGUCUCACCCCAGGACCAGGCUACCUGGAGGCGCUGACUUCACCCAAAGUCAACGUUAUAACGACAAGUAUCGCGGCCAUUAACGAGACCGGUGUUGUCACUUCGUGUGGGAAACAUCGGCAGGUUGAUGCUAUUGUGUGUGCCACUGGGUUUGAGACAAACCCUGGAGGCGGGUUCCCCAUCAUCGGCCGACACGGAGUGAAUCUACGUGAGAAGUACAGUCAACGCCCGGAAACCUAUCUCGGUCUUACAACCAGCGGAUUCCCAAAUUUCUUCCAGUCUCUUGGACCGAAUUCAUUCCAGGGUGCAGGAAAUCUGCUCAUCACAAUGGAGCAGGUACACGCCUAUGUUGCAGAGAUCAUGUCCAGGAUGGCCUAUGACAAUAUUGGACUUGUCGAGGCGAAGAAGUCACAAGUUGAGAAUUUCACAAGGUUCUGUGAGAAGUACUUUGAGCGCACUGUUUACAGUGCUGAAUGUGCAAGUUGGUACAAGUCCUCGCCACCGGGAUCAUCUCCCGAAGAGCGAAAGAAAGGUCGCGUGACUGCCUUGUGGCCUGGCAGCAGUCUGCAUGCUCUAAAGGCGCUGAAGAAGGUGAGAUGGGAGGAUUAUGAUCUACACCCGUAUGAUGGCAAUGAAUUUGGUUGGUUUGGAAAUGGAUGGAUAGUGGAUGAGAAGAAGCCCCAGAUCGACGGCGCAGCAAUCACCGGCUACUUGAACUAUACGGAAUUCGUGGACGGAAUAGAUACGAAGGGUAGUGAUGCCUAA